AUGCCCUUCCUCAAGUCGUCCAACAUGGCCUCGACAUCCAAGCCGACCCUCUUCACAAGACCCAACCACCUCCUCGCACCUCGACCCCAACACCUCCCCCUCGCACCUCCCCAUCCCCAGCGCGCACUCUCCACCCACUCCCUCUCCCGCACCCUGCGCCUCUCCCCCAAAACCCGCACGCGCCUCCAAAACGUCGCCUUCCUCACCGCCACCUUGGUCAGCAUCAUCACCGUCUCGUUGGCGAUGAGUGGUUCGGCAGGGGUCGGUUUACCUUGUCCUGCGCGACAGGGGACCAGGGUGGGGAUGCAGGAUGAGAACGGAAAGGAUUGGGCGACGACAGGAACGAAGGGAAAGAGGAGGUGGUUGGAGGAACCUGUCGUGGUUGCACAGAGUGGUGCGCCGAGAGGAAAGGAAGGACAGGAUAGGACUGGACCGCGGACAGGGUUGCAACAGGAGGAAUCGAGAAAUUGA